UCUCAUUAAUCUGAUUAGCGGUCAGCCUCCUGUCUGUGUGAACACAACACAGGACAACAGCAGACGGCGGGACUCAAAACGUCUUUUACAUUUCCUCUUCCCUGAAGGUGGACAUGGUCGCCAGCUCUGUCCACCAUGCCCGUGUUCUACUCACCGGUACCAGAGACCCUGCAGAUGGGCCUGACCUCCAUGGGAGGCUCUGUGUUCACGAAUAACAGGACAGCAGACAGCGACUUUGGCAGGGAGCCAGAGUAUGCACCCGUCGUCAACGAGCAGGUGUCUAAUCUUCCCCUUCAAAUGCUUCUGUACUUCAACCUGUUUUACUUCCCCUGUUGGUGGUUCUCUGCUGUCGUGAUGCUGGACAUAAAGUUCCACCAUUUAGCUGGGUACUACCAGGCCCUGCUGAUUACAGGGCUGGUCCUGGUCACGAUCAUAGAAGUCAUCCGGCUCUAUCUGGGUUACGUCGGCAACCUUGAAGAGAAGGUCCCAGAGCUGGCCGCCUUCUGGCUCCUGUCCUUCACCUUCCAGCUGCCGGUGUUGCUGUUCUUCAUGACGGACGAAGGAAUUCUCAUCCUUCCUCUGGAGAGAGGCAUUCACUUAGUCUACCUGCUCUUCCUGCUCGCUCAGAUUCUGACCUCCUUCAUGGCACUGAGGACCAUGACCCAGAAGCUCACGCUGCUCUUUUAUCUGCGGCAGUUUGGCAGGGCGGAGAACCUGCAUCCCAGGGCGAUGAGUCCCAUCCAUGGGCUUCCAUAUCACUGCAGCGUGCUUCCUGUCUCAUCCUCCACUCACAGCUUCCAUUAAUGCCAAACACAUGCGUAAUGUGCUCAGAAAAUAGUUCUAUUUUGUACCAGCUCUGAAUUCUAACUUAUAAAUAAACAAGUUGAAGGGGGGAUUCCCAUGAAUUUAAA